UUAUCUAGUUAUAGUGAAAAGGAAGAGAUACUAAUGGAAGAUUCCAAAAGAGUAGAGGAGCUCAAAGCUUUUGAUGAUACAAAACUUGGUGUGAAAGGACUUGUUGACGAAGGCAUCACCAAGAUCCCUAGCAUAUUCCAUCACCCACUUGAUAAUAUCAAGAGGGUCUCAGAAUCAGGCCAUAAAGAUUACACUAUUCCUAUUAUUGACCUUGGAAGGAUCCAUGAAGAUAGUGGUGAACGGAAAAGGGUGGUUGAGAGAGUGAAAGAAGCAUCAGAGACAUGGGGUUUCUUUCAGAUUGUGAAUCAUGGCAUCCCAGUGAGCACUCUGGAGGAGAUGUUAGAUGGGGUGGUAAGAUUUUUUGAGCAAGAUAGUGACGUGAAAAAGGAAUUUUAUACUCGUGAUAAGAAACCUUUUAUCUUUAACAGCAAUUUCAAUCUAUAUUCCAAUGCUCCAGCUAAUUGGAAAGACACUUUCAUCUGUGACCGUACUACUGAUCUCCCUACACUAGGAGACUUACCAUAUGUAUGCAGAGACAUACUUGUGGAAUACACAGAUGAAGUGUCAAAAUUGGGAAGUUUAUUGUUUGAAUUACUAUCAGAAGGUCUUGGUUUGGAUCGAACUUACUUAGCUGAUAUUGGGUGCAAUGGGGGACUGUACGCUGUUGGGCAUUACUAUCCACCCUGUCCAGAACCAGAAUUAACUAUGGGAAUAACAAAGCAUGCUGAUGUUGAUUUCAUCACAGUGCUUCUACAAAACCAAAUUGGUGGCCUCCAAGUUCUUCAUCAGGACAUGUGGAUCGAUUUGCCCCCUUUACCUGAGGCUCUUGUUGUUAACAUUGGUGAUUUUUUGCAGCUUCUCUCAAAUGACAGAUUCAAGAGUGCUCAACAUAGAGUACUUGCCAACCGUGUUAGUCCAAGAGUUUCUAUUGCAUGCUUUCUAACAACAAGUUCUCAUUCAAAUGCAAGGAUUUAUGGUCCCAUCAAGGAGUUAUUAUCAGAAGAAAAUCCUGCAAAAUACAGAGAAUUUUCGGUUCCAGAGUUUUUAGCUCACUACCGUAAAUGUGCGAAUCAAAUUCCUCCUCUGAUGCAUUUUAGGAUUUGA